AUGGAUAUUAAUAAUGAUGUCAAUGAAAUUUGGGAUGAUGCUAACCACAACAAUGACCAGUCUUUUGAAAAAAAUCCAGAUCUAAUAAAUCUUCAAGAAAAGCACAGAAAAAGAGGAUAUUUAGACGGCAUAGUUUCUGCUAAAGAAGAAAAAUUACAAGACGGAUUUGAUUCAGCUUAUCCUGUAGGUGCUGCUUUGGGUAAAGAAGUUGGUGAAAUUAUAGGCACUUUACAAUUCUUAACUAAUUUAUAUGGUGAAAAAGAUCCUAAUCUUCAAUCAGAUUUCAAACUGUGUAUUAAGGAAUGUUAUAUUGGCAAAAUACUUUCUAACGCAAACUUUAAUCAUGAAUAUGAGCUACAAAAUAAAAUAAUUAUAGAUAAAUGGCAAAAAGUGGGUAAGGAUUACUUGGAAAAAUAUAUAAAUAAAUAA